UGUGGGAGCAAUGGAUGACACUUAGUGCUGUAAACAAAUCCAACAUGAAGGCUCUCGGGAUAGGCUUUAGUUAUACAGUCAUAGUAGUAAAUGUCGCUUGUAGCCGAGAGCUGAACAAACUUAGUAAAAACCAAUCCAGAUCGAAGUUCUGAAAUCUAGGAAAUAGUUUCCAACAACUUUUGUAAACAUCUAAAUAUUUCAAGACGCUUCAAGAUCAGCUUUCCGAAUGAUUUCAUCGCCAUACAUCCAUAGUUACAUGUGAACAGAUUAAUUUCCUAUAUUAAAAAAUAUAAUAUAAUAUUUUAAAGUGUCAAAAUAUAAAGCUUUGGAGUGUAUUUCUUUUAUCCCAUAUUAGAAAAUAAUUCGGUAAACUCCUUAAUCAUAUCUGGACAUUAUGGUAAAUGGGUAUAAUCUAAGGUGAAAAAUGAGUCGUCCAAAGACCGCCGGUAAGAAAGCUGGGCCCAUUCCAGCCGUUGGCCCCGGCUCCAAGAUCGCCGGCAUCAACGACGUGCUUCGGAAGCUGAUUCUGAUCAACUCGACUAAGAAAGGGCCAGUCGUGACGGUCGCCUUUCAGUCGGUAGGGUUCAAACUCCUGCCGCUGGAGAUCUUCAAGAACGAGGAGCUCAUGCAGCUGACCACCAAGUUUCUAGUCCAGUUCAACAAGAUCAAGUAUCUGCCCAAGGAGGUGAACGUGCUGGUCAACCUCCAGCACAUAGACAUUCGGCACAACCGCGUCAAGAGCAUCCCUCCUACGCUUUUCCAGUGUCUGUUUCUGGAAUAUGUAGACUGUACAGGUAACAUCAUCAGGUCCAUCCCACCCAACAUAAAGAACUGCGUCUACCUCCAAACGUUCAUCUGUGAAAACAACAAGAUUAAAGCCAUACCGAAGACCAUCAGCGCGUGCGAGGAUCUGCGCUAUCUCAAUUGUAAAUUUAACCAGAUUAAAAGAAUUCCGAAGACUCUGUAUGAAAUAGGUGCCAAAAUUGACCUUUCCUGGAACAAACUCAGAGCUCUGGUCAGCGCCAAAGUGAAGAAGUCAGGACUUCAGUGGCUGGACGUGUCGCACAACGAGAUCUCCGUCAUCCCAAACAACCUGGAAAAGGUCCACACGCUGACCUACAUAGACCUUUCCUAUAACAAUCUGAGUUCUCUUCCAGAGGAAUUUUCCUCCAUGAGGUUUUUGAGAGAAUUGAACUUAUCUUAUAAUCAACUGACCCGACUCUUUAGCAGUAUCAACAAGUUUCUGUAUAGUUUGGCCAUACUGCGAGUGUCGAACAACCAACUCAGCGAGCUGCCCGAAGACUUUGGGAGCUUUAAAGUCAUUGAAGUCAUUGACCUGUCACACAACCAACUGGAACACUUUGCCGAGACCAUUACCGACUUGAGAGAUUUACAAGUCCUGAUCCUGUCUGAUAACAAGCUGCAAAAUAUAGACUGUCUGGUCCGAGUGGCCGCCCUGGAAGAGUUAAAAGUGGACCACAACGCGUUGACCAGACUCCCCGAGAAUAUUCAUUGCAUGGCGAAACUCAUCCACUUUGACUUCUCAUACAAUCACAUACAGACAUUACCGGAGACGCUUAACACAAUCAUUUCUCUGAAGGACGUUCUGGGUGCGCACAACGACAUCUCGGUGGUGCCAGAAUCAAUCGGGAAACAUCAGCUUCUGAGAACUCUGGACCUAAGAGAAAAUAACAUUAAAGCAUUGCCCGAAGACAUCAGACGGUUGCGAACCAUUGAAUUUCUACGCUUGGGUAAAAACAAACUAAGCACCCUGCCAGAGAACAUGGACAUUAUGGAAUACCUGAGGGAGAUCGACGUCUGCGACAACCACCUGACGGAAGUACCUUUUAACAAAUCUUUGGAAAUUAUCAAUGUAGCCAACAACCCUUUCCCGCCGCUGAGCGAGACGCCAAAAAGUUCCAUCUCCAGAAUCGGGGAGAAAGAUCUGGCCAGAACCAUGACCCACUUGGACCUAUGCAACACCUCUUUGGACCUGUUUCCCAUUGGCAUCUGCUCCUUGAGGUUGCUGGUCACACUCAAAGUGGCCAAUAAUCAGAUCAAAGAGAUCCCCGCGGAAAUCGGGAACCUGAAAAUGCUGGAGGUUUUUCACGCCCAUGACAAUCAGAUUCGGGAAAUCCCGAUGCAGAUUGACCUGCUGCAUCAACUGGAUUACUUCGACCUGUCUCGUAAUAAGGUUUUCCUGGUGCCAUUUAACCUGGCUAAAUUGAAUAAAAUCAUCCACCUGGACCUCUCGUACAACGUGAUCAUGGAGCUACCCGAGUCUUUCAACCGCCUGGACCACCUGACCUACCUCGACCUCAGCCACAACGAGCUCACGGUCUUACCAGAGCAAAGAAUAGACGCCCUGGCUUCAGUGCUCAAACUAAACCUGUCCAGCAAUCACCUGAUGGAUUUCCCCAUUGCACUGUGUUUCUUGUACAGGCUGCAACACUUGAACUUCUCUCAGAACGACCUCGUGGUCAUACCUGAACAGAUCGUCCGGUUGAAAAAUUUGGAAACGCUGGACCUCCAUGACAACCUCAUUGAGUCCCUUCCAGAGAGCCUCCUGAAGAUGAAGGUGCUGAGCAAGCUGGACGUCUCAGACAACAAAAUUCAGUUCUUCCCUCUGAAGAUGGACCUCCUUUCCUCUCACUGUGAGAUCAACAAAGAGGAUCAGAAUCCCUACAAGGCCAGGACGUCGUCUCUGGUGGAGAACUACAUGGACUACGACGAGCUGGAUGAUGAUAAAGAGGAUAAUGACACGGAGAAAUACGACAACGAAAGUGUUGAUUCUACCACCCUCGAGAAGUCCAAAUCUAAAUCUAAAACCAAGAAAAAAUAAAUAAAAAGCCAAAUAAUUGUUA